GUAGUUUGCACAGUAGCCUUUUUGUCAUAGUUACUGGGUUGGGCGGGGCCGAGCGGCUGGAUCACGUGGGAGGGCCCCGGAAGCUGCAGCUUCGUACACCCAGGUUGGUCGCACGUUAAGAUCUGCCCAAUAAAGGACACAGCGAUGGCCGCAGACGGGUCAGAGCGAGAGGAAGAUGGAAGCCCGGAUGUAAUCGCCAGUGGGAAUAUUUUGGAAUCCUUUAUGGAAAACCAGGAAACCCGAGAUCUGAUUGGCAGCCUGCGGACUGUAUGGCAGGAGCUGGUGAGCAGGGAGGUGUGCACCCAGCGCUUUGUAGUGAUUAUGGACAAGUACCAGGAGCAGCCCCACCUUUUGGACCCACAUUUAGACUGGAUGUUGAACUCACUGCUGGAAAUAAUUCAAGACAAGGCUUCCCCUCCGGUCUUGUUCCAUUUAGCCUUUAAAUUCCUCUACAUCAUUUCCAAGGUGCGGGGGUACAAGAUUUUCCUCCGCCUUUUCCCCCAUGAAGUUGUUGAUGUGCAGCCCGUGUUGGAAAUGAUUUCAGCACAAGACCCCAAAGAUCAUGAGACCUGGGAAACUCGCUACAUGCUGCUUUUGUGGCUCUCCAUGACAUGCUUGAUACCCUUUGACCUGUCUCGCCUGGAUGGGAACAUUGCCAGUGAUUUGGGGCCCAAGCGCAAACCCACAAUGGACAUCAUUCUGGAUGUGGCCAAGUCCUACCUGGUGGUCAGUGACAAAGCUCGGGAUGCCGCUGCCGUGCUUGUUUCCAAGUUUAUCACCCGCCCCGAUGUCAAGCAGAAGAGGAUGGCCGACUUUCUCGACUGGACGCUCUCUACUCUGUCAAAUGCCAGUUACCUUACUAUGGAAGGAACGAUAGCCAUGGAUGGGAUGCUACAGGCACUGGCGCAGCUCUUCAAGCAUGGAAAGAGAGAGGACUGUUUACCGUAUGCCUCCAUCGUCCUCACCUGUCUUGACAACUGUAACUUGUGUGACAGCAACCAGACAGUCCUGCGCAAGCUCGGCACUAAACUUGUCCAGCGCCUCGGCCUUACGUUCCUCAAAACCAAAGUGGCAAAUUGGAGAUAUCAGAGAGGUUCAAGGUGUUUGGCGGCCAACCUGCUGCAGUCUUCGUCCGACACCCAGAAGUCCAACCCAGCCUUACCCGGGGAAGAGGAAGAGGCCUAUGAUAUUCCAGAGGAGAUUGAGAACGUUGUUGAGCAGUUGCUGGUUGGCUUGAAAGACAAAGACACUAUUGUCCGCUGGUCUGCUGCGAAAGGGAUUGGUCGACUGACCGGGCGACUCCCAAAGGAGCUGGCAGAUGAUGUGGUUGGGUCAGUUCUUGACUGUUUUAGUUUCCAGGAGACCAAUAACGCUUGGCACGGGGGUUGCCUGGCUUUGGCCGAACUUGGAAGGCGAGGACUGCUACUUCCUUCUAGGCUUCCAGACGUUGUUCCCCUGAUUCUGAAGGCCCUGGUGUAUGAUGAGAAGCGGGGGGCCUGCAGCGUUGGCUCCAAUGUGAGGGAUGCUGCCUGUUACGUGUGCUGGGCGUUUGCUCGGGCCUAUGAUCCGCAAGAGAUGAACCCGUUUGUGAAUGAAAUAGCCAGUGCUUUGGUGAUUGCCGCAGUGUUCGACCGAGAUGUGAAUUGUAGGAGAGCAGCCUCUGCAGCCUUCCAGGAGAAUGUGGGGAGACAGGGCACUUUCCCCCACGGCAUCGACAUCUUAACCACGGCAGAUUAUUUUGCAGUUGGGAACCGUGCAAACUGUUACCUGAACAUAAGUGUGUUUGUGGCUGGCUUUCCGGAAUACACCAAACCAAUGAUCGAUCACUUAGUGGAAAUGAAGAUUAACCACUGGGAUGGAGUUGUACGAGAGCUGUCGACAAAGGCCCUACACAACCUCACCCCCACGGCCCCCCAGUAUAUGACAGAGACAGUUUUGCCGCGCCUACUCCCUCUGGCCAUCGGAACGGACUUACACACGCGCCACGGGGCCAUCUUAGCCUGUGCGGAAAUCACCCAUGCCGUGUACAAACUGUCGGCUCAGUGCAACAGGCCGCUUUCUGAUUAUCUGAACAAUGAAACGCUGGCAGGACUCGCAGCCAUUCACCCGAAACUCCAGGAGCGCCAGCUUUACAGGGGCCUGGGUGGGGAAUUAAUGAGGCCGGCAGUCUGCUGCUUAGUGGAGAAACUUUCACUCUCCCAGUUCCCUCACCCCGGAGAAGAUAUUAUUGGGGGGUGGCUGUGGCUGAUCACUAACAGUUUAAAGAGCCUUCACCUGUUCAGCAGCACCGCCAGGCAGAAGAUCAAGGAAGCUGCUGUGUCAGCCCUCUCCACCCUGUGCCAGGAGUAUUACAAGGGACGAGCCGCGGCAGCCCAUGAUGACCUAGUGAAACAGUUCACCUCGGAGCUGCAGAGCAGUGAAGAAAUGGUUCGCUGCGGUUUCUCUCUGGCCCUGGGGGCCCUUCCGCAGUUUCUACUGAAAGGCAGGCUCCAGCAGGUACUGGGCGGCCUCAGGAGAGUCACCAGCAUUUCUGGGAAAGAUGUCGGCUUUGCGGAGUCCAGAAGGGACGCCCUGAGGGCCAUCGCUCAGGUGUGCCAGACUGUUGGGGUGAGAGCUGAGGGAUCGGCAGAGGAAGCGGUGUGCAGAGAGAAUAUGGCCCUGGUGUACAACACCCUGCUGAACUGCAUGAACGACUACACGACAGACAGCCGAGGGGACGUGGGAGCCUGGGUGCGGGAGGCAGCGAUGGCCAGCCUUCAGGAUGUGACGCUAUUGGUUGCCCAGACUGAGGCAGAUCUGCUGGACCCUGACUUUGUCCAGCGGAUGAUGUGCGCCCUCUCCCAGCAAUCUGCCGAGAAAAUAGACCGGUACCGAGCCUUUGCCGGAUCUGUCUUCCUUAAUCUGCUUUACUUCAGUGACCCGCCAGUCCCACAUGUCCCACAUCGGGAAGAACUGGAGAGGAUAUUUCCCAGAACGCAAGCGGAAUCCCUAAACUGGAACGCGCCCUCGCAAGCCUUUCCCCGGAUCACCCAGUUACUGGGAUUAGCCACAUAUCGGUACUAUGUACUAAUGGGCCUGACGGUGUCGGUGGGAGGACUUACUGAGUCUACGGUGCGAUACUCUGCGCAGGGGCUGUUCGAGUACCUUCGGGCAAUACAGAACGACACGGAACAAAUGGACGCCUUCUCCGCCUCGCUGCUCCAGGUCUUCCGUGACAAUCAGCACAUCGACAGAGUCUCCAUUCCCCUACUGAAAAUGUUGGACCAGAUGUUGGCCAAUGGCUGCUUUGAUAUCUACACACAGGAGGAAAACCACCCGUUUGCCUCCGACCUACUGUCCCUCUGCAGAGAAGAGAUCAAGCGAUCCAAAGACAUCCAGAAGCUGAGAUCCAGUAUUGCUGUGUUCUGCGGCCUGAUCCAGUUCCCCGGAGAUAUCCGAAAGAAGGUUCUGUUUCAGCUGCUGCUUCUGGUUUGCCACCCAUUCCCGAGAAUCAGGAAGACGACAGCCAGCGAGGUGUACGAGAUGCUCCUUACGUACGACGACGUGGUCGAGCCAGAAAUCCUGGAUGAAGUCAUGGCCGUACUGAGCGACUCCACUUGGGAUGCCGACUUACCUACUGUCCGGGAGCAGCGGAACCACCUGUGCGAUUUAUUGAAAGUGCCCAGACCUACCCUAGUGACCAAGGUUUCUCCUUCCUGAGCGCAGAACAACGGGAACGUUCCACCCAGUGACUGACGGGGGGUGCAGCGCUGUGGCCCGGCCAGCAGGGGGCAGUCUGCCAGCAGGGACAUCUGUGCCACCUGAAAUACCUGCUGCUGUACUGGGGAAGGGGAGUGCAGGACCGGGGGGCAGAACAGCGCCUCCCUCGCCGGAAGGUUCCGUGUACCAAAUGUAUAUAAACUGCAAUGAACAUUAAACGUAUCCAGAAACGUAA